CAUCAAUCCUUCUUCGUAAGAGGUAUACGUGGAAGGGAAGAGAAGGGGGAGAAAAAAGGCAUAAGCGAGCAGGCGGAUGCAAAAAAAAAAGGUAGCGGAUCGGCAGACGCAAGGGAUAGGAGAAGAGAAAAAGAGAUAAGCGUAGGGGAAGCGAAGAGCGGAGGAAGAAAAGAUGGCGUCGAACGGCUUCCACGCGACCGUCCUCCAACGCCCGGGUGAUAGUUGUGAUGAUAGCAGAAGAAGCAGGAGCAGUUCGGCUGGUAUUGGGUUUGUAGGCGGCGGUGGUGGGGGAGGAGUGGGUGGCAGAGCGGGAGGAGGGGGCGGCGGUGGUGGAAGAGGGAGUGGUGGUGGCGGUAGUGGUGGUGAUAGUCGUGAUGGUGUCGUCGUUGGUGCAACAUCGCGGUUCGGCUCGGACUCAGCAGCAGCAGCAGCGGCAGCCGUAGCAACUCAUGGUGUCUCUGGUUCAGGUUCAGGUUCGGGUUCAGGAUUAUUAUUGGGGUCGGGAUCAGGGUUGGGAUCAGGAUUAACCUCGCGCGGUCUGACGCUUUCGGAUACGCUGGGACCACGUUUCUCCAACUCCAGCGCCAACGCCAAUACCCACGCCAACGCCGACAAUUCCAAUUCCAGUCCCAAUCCCCAUUCCCUCGCUACCCACGCAGCAGCGCGAGCAUCGGCAGCGAUAGCGGCAGCAUCAUCAGCAUCGGCGCCAACCCGCAAUGGCAAUGCUGCGGGCGGUGCAGGCAUUGCGAGCACCAGCAGAAACAGUCCCAGAACCAGCAGAAACAGCAGCACCGGCUUGACCGACCCAACAGCCGCCAUCGCGACUCCGACACCAUCGCUCCAUUUCCGUCAGCCCGCCAGCACCUCAACUGCCACCGCAUCCACCGCCAAAACCACCACCACCACUACCGCCGCCGCUAAGAUUCACCACCACAGCACCAACUCUUCUACAACAACCACGCCAACUCCUCCCUCAUUUCUCCGUUCUCCAUCGCCCAACCCCAAAUUCUCCCUCUCGUCCAUCACCUCGCCUCCACCACCCCCUCCGAUCCCAUCGUCAACGUCGACGACGCGACCGUCAUCGUCCGCCCCCUUCGCGCACAUCUUAAAUAACGCGUCGCAUCCCUCGUCGGCGUCGGCAUCGGCGUCGGCAUCGAUCCCAUCGUCGCUGGCACCUCCGCCAUCGUCAAAACCAAUCUCCACGCUGCCGGUCGGCGCCGCUACUUCGUCGCUGCCUCCUCUGGCACCUCCGCCGGGGGCUCUGAGCUCGUUGACGGCGUCGCCCACCAUGACAUCGACCAAUGGUUCGAGUGCAUCGCCGCUGCAGCCUCCCAAGGCAGCUGGCCACCUCUCGCCGCCGGAUUACCACCACCCGCCGUCCCGAGAGAAGGCUUCAGGAAGCUUUUACGAUCCGCUGACGGAUACGACCAAGGAGAGGAGAGUGACCGAGACCUGGUCCAAGCAGGUAAGCUUUGGUAGUUUUAGUUUUCUCCUUCUCUUGCCAAUAAUUUUUUUAUUCCCGUUUAUGAGACACAUUUGAGAGCAUGCGCGCGCACACCUAUGCGUAUACGCAAGACACGCAGGCGAAAGGGGAAAAAAAAAAGAAACGCAAUAUGAACUACGGAAAAAAACAUAAUCACGGCGAGCUCGUCUGCAAAUCCCGCCUCUCUUGCCAUCACCCAACACGUCGGUGGCCAUCACGUUGUGUGAUUGUUGACCCCCUCCCCUCCUGUGCGCUUGUAUCUCUUCCCUGGUCAUGAUCGGGUUCCCUUUGAACAGGCAGAGCAAUCAAGCAAUCUGUCCGCCCGUCUUUCUCUUCUGGCAUUACCUCUCGUUCUCCCCAUCUCCUAAUUACUACAUGUUUCUCCCAAAGUUUGCUUAGUGGCCGAGACGUCGUGGCUUAUCCUGUCAUCUUCGACCGGCCAUUUCCCUAUUCCUUGCUCAUUCACCCAAGCCCAAAAAAAUCCCCCCCCCCCCAAGGACGGACAAGACACCAGUGAACGGAACGAUCUUCAAUCCUCUUUUCCUUCUAUCCUCCUUUCUUCUCUCUUCGCCUCCCCCUCAUCCCUUUCCCUUUCCCUCCUUCGUUGGAUUUUUCUUCAUCAUACUCACCCCAGACUACUAAAAAGCUUCGACUUACCUUUGUCCUUUC